CCCAACUAGUUUGUUGUCCACUGUUUCCUCGCCGAUCACUCCUCGUAUUUUAAACCUUUUUUCCUCCGUCUUCAUCACUAUUGAAAUAAGUGUAAACCGCGCCGUCAAACCGGCGGACGUUUGUUAGUUGAGGCCGAUUCGACUCCGAAGAUUGACAAUGGCACAUACAAUCAUGCUGAUCCAACCGGGGCCAAAAGCCGAAACUAGGACUUACUCAGACUACGAAUCCGUCAACGAAUGCCUCGAGGGUGUGUGCAAGAUUUAUGAAGAACACUUAAAGAGGCAGAAUCCAAACACUCCUGCUAUUACUUAUGACAUAAGCCAGUUGUUCGACUUCAUUGAUGCUCUGGCUGAUCUCUCAUGUUUGGUAUACCAGAAAGGUACAAAUACGUAUGCACCAUACAACAAAGACUGGAUAAAGGAGAAGAUAUACGUCCUUCUGAGAAGACAGGCCAAUCAUCGAUGAUUAGAAACUUCUAAUUUUCUAAAUACCUCCUAUCAGUUUCUCUGAGUUUGAAAUGAACAAUUUAGCCGAUCAUUUUGCUAAAUGUCUCAGAUUUUUAAAAAUAAUUAUAAAUAAUGUCUAGAUAAAAGAAUUUAUUAUAGUUCCCUUUUUUCUUUCAUUGUUUCAUACUUGAAAAAUUAUAAACAUUUCUAAAUAUUGUUUGUACUUUUAAUAUAAUUUUUAUUUUAUUAGCUUUAAAGUUUGUAACGUGUAUUCUUUAGUUGUUUUCUUAAAUUUUAUGUAGAAAACAUGUAAGGAAAUGCAUUAAUAUCUGAUUUUUAUUGUGUUGCAUAAGUGUUGAAAAGUCUGUCUAUUUACAUAUACACAUAUAUAUCAGUUUUUCCAAAAUCAAACAUUUAAAAUGUUUUAUUUUUUAAUAUAUUCACCAAUGUGGACAAGGUAAUAAAUGUCAGUUAUUGAUUUUA